AGUGACUGCGCAUGCUCGGCAACAACAGCAACAACGUGAAGCAGAAGAAGGACGCCGACAGCAGCUCGUGAGCACUGCAGUGCACAGCGCCGACCGUCCAACCUCUCUAUGCUCGUGUUCGCCUUUCUUCACCACCACCGACGACACGGAGGAAAACAGGCGGCUGUCUUUGAUUUAAAACAUCCGAGAUUUCACGAAGUCCUGCCUCCUUUCACCUCCGCGUGCAUUGUGUGGCGUGAACAGCGAUUGACGGAUUUGGUAGAUAAAAACAUCUGGUUCCUUACUCGCUGACUACUCAGUGGAACGAGAAUUGAAUCGGAGAAAUCCACUGCCUGAAAGAGAGUCCUGGAGCAGCAGGGGGCUAAAAAACAUCUCAGUGGCUCUUAUCCAGGGAGUACCACCAUCGGUGCAGUGGGGGCGAAGCUGCUUUUGGGUCAAAACAAACCUAUCAUCAUGGAUCUUGAUGAGGAGGAGAAUAUGAGUUCAAGCAGCACUGACGUUAAGGAAAACCGAAACCUGGGCAACGUGUCCUGCAAAGAUGGGAUGGGAGUCGCUGAUCAGCUCCCCAAUGGAAGUGGCCCUGGCAAUCGAAAGCGCCCCUUAGAGGAGGGUAACAAUGGCCAAGCCCAUUCCAAGUUCAGAGCCAAGAAGCGCAAGAAAGCACCUGGGCCUGUGCUGCCCAAGAAUGCUCUGAUGCAGCUGAAUGAAAUCAAGCCAGGUCUACAGUACAAACUGCUGUCUCAGACAGGACCAGUCCAUGCACCAGUUUUUGUUAUGACAGUAGAGGUUAAUGGUCAGGUGUUUGAGGGCAUGGGCCCAACCAAGAAGAAGGCUAAACUGAAUGCAGCUGAGAAAGCACUACGUUCCUUUGUCCAGUUCCCCAAUGCCUCUGAGGCUCACCUGGCCAUGGGCCGAACCCUAACGGUGAACACAGACUUUACAUCUGACCAAGCCGACUUUCCAGACAUGCUUUUCAAUGGCUUUGAGACACCAGCUGUAUCUGAAGAAUCCUUCUAUCUAGGUUCCAAUGGUACAAAUUCACUAGGGGAGUACCCAUUGCCUACACCACCUGGCAGCAACCUUGCCCAGGCCCCGUUGCCCCCUCCAUCUGCAUUCAGCUCACCAUCCUCUGGCAAAAACCCAGUCAUGAUCCUCAAUGAGCUCAGACCAGGCCUCAAAUACGAGUUUGUCUCAGAAAGCGGUGAGAGUCAUGCCAAGAAUUUUGUGAUGUCAGUAACAGUGGAUGCACAGACAUUUGAAGGCUCAGGACGCAACAAGAAGCUGGCCAAAGCUCGGGCAGCACAAGCUGCACUAUCUGCUCUGUUCAACAUGCAACUUGACCAGACACCAUCCCGGCAACCUAUACCAAGAGAAGGGUUGCAGCUUCACCUACCCCAGGUUCUGGCUGAUGCCGUCUCUCGCCUGGUGGUUGAUAAGUUCAGUGAGCUGACAGACAACUUCACCUCCCCCCAUGCCCGUCGAAAAGUCCUGGCAGGAGUCGUGAUGACGACAGGGACAGAUGUGAAGGAAGCGCAGGUUAUUUGCGUCUCCACGGGAACCAAAUGCAUCAACGGUGAGUACAUGAGCGACCGCGGCCUGGCACUCAAUGACUGCCACGCUGAGAUAAUCGCCCGACGCUCGCUCAUCAGGUACCUCUACACCCAGCUGGAGUUCUUUCUCAGCGGCAACAAAGAGGACUACCAGAAGUCGAUCUUUGUCGUGUGCGACAAGGGAGGCUACAUGUUAAAGGAUAACGUUCAGUUCCACCUCUACAUCAGCACCUCGCCCUGCGGAGACGCCAGGAUUUUCUCUCCACACGAAGCCGGAGUGGAAGAUCAGGGAGACAGACAUCCGAACCGCAAAGCAAGAGGUCAGCUGAGGACCAAAAUUGAGUCAGGAGAGGGCACCAUCCCCGUGAGGUCCAGCAACACCAUCCAGACCUGGGACGGGGUUCUUCAAGGAGAGAGGCUGCUCACCAUGUCCUGCAGUGACAAGAUUGCAAGGUGGAAUGUGGUGGGCAUCCAGGGCUCGCUGAUGAGCUACUUCACCGAGCCCAUCUACUUCUCCAGCAUCAUCCUGGGCAGCCUUUACCAUGCCGACCACCUCUCCAGGGCCAUGUACCAGCGCAUCGCCGACAUCGAGGACCUGCCGCAGCAGUUCAACCUCAACAGGCCUCUGCUCAGCGGAAUUAGCAACGCUGAGGCCAGACAGCCGGGCAAGGCACCAAACUUCAGCGUGAACUGGACGGUUGGCGACCAGGCCCUGGAAGUGAUCAACGCCACCACAGGGAAGGACGACAUGGGUCGCCCCUCACGACUCUGCAAACACGCCCUGUACAGCCGCUGGGUGCGCCUGCACUCCAAGUUUUCUUCCAUCUUGCGGAUCAAAAUGCUGAAGCCGAGCUCGUACCAUGAAGCCAAGCAGGCGGCCGCAGAGUACCACUCCGCUAAGAAGGCGCUGAUCAAGGCCUUCCACAAGGCCGGCCUGGGGGCCUGGGUCAAAAAGCCCAUCGAGCAAGACCAGUUCACCCUCAGCUCCUGAGAGUCCAGGGACGAAGGGGGGUUCCUAAUGGAUCUGCUCCUCCCUCCCUGACCCAGGCUUGAAAGCGAGAGAGCCCUUUACCACCAACCAGGCGUUCACGUCCAUCCCCAUGCGUCAGCACGAACUGAUUCCCGCUCAUCGCUCCCAUUCCUCUGAGGACCUCAGCUUCACGUCUUUCACUCAUCUUUAAAUUUUCAUUUGUCCUGGAUGGUGUUUUUCAUUGUUUGUGUUUUAAACUGGAAUCAGUGGAGGGUUUUUUAAUCAUUAUUAUUCUUUAGCAUUUCCUUUAUAUUUCCUAGAGAAAUCUUGUUCCUCAUUCUGUAGAUGUGGAAACGGGUCCCAUUCAAAAGUUUUGUCUUAAACAAUGACUGUAGACAUUUUAGGGUCAAAUGUAGCCUAGAUACAAGAGAUUCUGUUGCCUAAAACAAACAUUUAUGGACCUUUUAGCUCAAAUUAAAAGCAGUGAUUUUUAUUUAAUUAUGCUGAAAUGUUAAGGAUGUAAAUCUAGUACAGAAAAGUGAAAAUAGUUAUUGAAUCUAAUGUUUUUAACUGACCCGUUCCUUACGACAAGACCAUUUG